GGUUAUGUGUUUAUGUGUUAUCUUUCCCGUCCCAAGCGUGAAUGAAAUGAAUUUGUGAGCAAGUAAAUGAAGUAAAUCAAACAUUGCAGUUCUAGGAACGUAAUUCUACAAACUUCAUUUAAAUAUUCUCCGAUUCCAGCAAGUGGUCAAGUCUCUGCACAUUCACAGUGUUUUAUUUCAGUCAUCUGAAUUUUAGUUGCCGUUGCAGAACUUCAUCUCAUAUCCAAUGGCAGACAGACUGACGCAGUUACAAGAUGCUGUCAAUCAGCAAGCUGAACAUUUUUGCAACAGUAUUGGAAUUUUACAACAAAUGGCACCACCAUCAAAAUUUUCUGGUUUUGAUCGAAGUGGAUCUCAAACUCCUCAGCAACAAGAUGACUAUCCACACAUGUUUGCUAUAUUGAUUGCGAGGUGUGCAAAAGAUAUUGAUGUUUUAAUUGAGUCCCUACCAAGUGAUGACUCCUCUCCAGAACUUCAGGUUGCUAGUUUGAGGCGACUAGAGCAAGAAAACCAAUCUGCUGCAGAGCAGUUGGAAGAGGUUGUUCGCAAAGGCGAAGCCCUCAUGGAGCAGAUCCAGGCAGCAUUGUCAGACAUUGCGCAACGGCAACUUGAAAUGCAGCAGCUGGUCAAUGGUUGCCCAUCCUCCGUCAGUGCAACAUCAUCCACCACAACUAGCGACAAACCAAGCACAUCAAUGGUGAAUGGCAUUAGUAGCAAACCUGCGUGAAAGAUCUCCCAAUGUAAUGGAUUUGUGCAUCUCAGUCUCAAGGAAAAGUUGCAUUGAAAUUGUCUUAAUGGUUUUUAUCAACAAUUUGUUUUCUCAUUUCGCAUGCUCUCUAGAGCUUACACCUGACUAACUGCAACUGUGAGAGAAGAUACACCACCUAUCUUUGAUUCUGUCAUUUUUUUCAAUUAUAGCCAAUGAUGGAAACUGGCCGAUGUUGACAAUGCCCAAAACAGCCAGUCAUUGCCAACAGUGGCUAAAUGACGUAGCCAUUGAUGAUUAACUUACAAACACUUGCAAUUACUCCAUUGUCCCAGAUCUCUUAUUUUCAAGGGAAAACGAACGAACCAUUGACAUUGGAAUUUCUUGUGAAUUUUCUUCACCCACCAGAAAAAAUCACACUAAACAUGGAAGCAUUUUGAUACGUUUUUCCUAAAAAAAUAAGGUAUAAUUGGAAAUUUUUAAACGCUCCAAUUGAAGCACACAUUUUCAUAUUCAGCCAUCGAUGUCUUGUUUAAAUCAAGUAAAAGGAAAGAUAAUAAACAGAUAAAAAUACAGAAACUCUAAAAUGAAAUUCUUGGUUCAUUUGGGAAGCGGAAGAGAUGAGGCAAUUGUUAGUAUAUCAAUACAAGUCUAAAGAUCCGCCAUUAGGACUAAACCAAUUAAAUGCAACUCUGUAAUUAAGCUGUAUUAUUUUGUAACUAGAUAUUUUUAUGUUUUUCUUGUGAACAAAUUUGUGUACUACGAGUAAUUACCUAGAAUAAAAAUGAAUCAUGUUUUGUAAAUA